GCGACCCCGCCCUUGACGCCGCCGACUUGGGCAAACGAAGUUCCGAGAGUGUACUGUCAUCAAAUCCUUUUAAUUCCCUCGCUGUGGUCAUUACUGCUCUACGUACAACUACGUUAACUGUUGGCAAUGAGGUAGGAUGAAGUGGAGUGGGUCAGGUUACACUUUCCUGUCUAAAAUUAGGGGAACUGCGCUGACGCAAGAUGGCUAAACUCGGUCGCUAUGUGUGACAGCGGGAACAAGACCGUGGAUCCAUGGGGUUAACGUACUCUGCCAUUUAGCUGUUGUUGAUGACUGGUUGUAUUUUUAGACUUUGUUGUCAUCUUUCCGCAACACUUGGUGUCCAGCAUAAAGGCGAGUCUUUCAAAAUGCAGCUGUACAGCAGUGCGUUGACACACUAUCCCGGAUCCUCUCGCAAAGUUUCGAUAACUAUCACAAGUGGUACCACUACCGACCAUUUGUCCAGAACAACAACGAGCUCCUCUGUGAAUACUAAACCGAGUGGGCCUACUCCAGCAGACACUAACGGGAAUACUGUAGGAGAGACUCGAUCUACUGCAAACAUGCCUGCUGCUGCUGGUUGUUCAUGUUACGAGGCUGCUUCCACGAAGCCAGUCUACUACACUUCAACCGCAGAGAUAAUCAUUCGUCGGCCUGACGGAGUUGAGAGAUCCGUACCAGUGCACAUCAUAAAGGAAACCCAAACCAAACGGUCUCCAUCAGACUCAUAUGCACAAGAUAUCCGGAUUCAGCCGCGUGACCGAGAGGAUCAUUUGGAUAGAGACUUGAUUGUGGACUUUAUUGAUCACUUCAGAGGUAGAGGGGAUUUUUUCAGUGAUAGUCAAAAGGUCGAACGUGAAAAUAACCUGAUCAAUUUUGACAAGAAAGAUGGACCAAGUUACAGAAAGUGUGAGGAGAGAAUGAACAUGGCAAAUGGGGAAGGAAAAACUGUUACAAGUGACAUUGUAAGCCCAACACGCCAUCAGAACUUGGAGGCCCUGGCAACCCAUUUGGGCCAAGGUAUCUUGGAUUCCUGUGAGAAUAUAAAUGAUAGUGAAUGCGCAGACCUGGACUUUCCAUCUGGCGAGGCGCAGCUCUUUGAGCUCAAUGUCCUACAGGAGCCCUCUCCCUCUCCGCCGAGAGAAGCAGAAAAAUGUGAGGACGACAAAGUGACGCGUUACAUAGCGGAAGUGGAGAAACAGAACAAAUACCUUCAGGAGAAGGUACACAAGUACAGAUUCCACAUCAUCCCUGACGGCAAUUGUCUGUACAGGGCGGUGUGCAAAGCCGCCUAUGGAGAGCAGUCUAUGCACAAGGAGCUGAGGGACCAGACAAUGCACCACAUAGCCGACCACCUGCAUGAGUUUAACCCCAUCAUUGAGGGGGAUGUCGGGGAGUUCCUGGUCAACGCAGCGCAGGACAGUGCCUGGGCAGGCUAUCCGGAGCUUCUGGCGAUGAGUCAGAUGUUGAAUGUGAACAUUUACCUGACCACUGGAGGUAGCUUGGAGAGUCCCACGGUUUCAACCAUGGUGCACUACCUGGGGGAAGAGGACUCGUCCAAACCCACUGUCUGGUUGAGUUGGCUCAGUAACGGACACUACGAUGUCCUGCUGGACAGGUGUGUGGCCAACCCAGAGUAUGACGACUGGUUCCGUCAUUCUCAGAUGCAAAGGAAACGGGACGAAGAGCUGGCCAAGUCGAUGGCAGCGUCACUGUCUAAAAUGUACAUCGAACAAAAUGGUCAUAUUUGAAACCAAUAGUUAUCCGAUUGCUGCAUUGAAAUAUUACUGUGUGUUACAGUAGGCUAGCUGUUACGUAAUGGGCCAAUCAUCUCUGCUGAUAGUAGUGGAGCCUCUGUCAUCUGAGGUCUGAGAGGGCCUCAGUCAGCACCUGGGGCCCCUGUUGGCCCCUGUGCUAAGGACAUCUCCUCACAGCCCAGCUCACGACUCACCCUGAGCUCAUACUGUCUCUCUCUCUCUCUCUCUCUCUCUCUCUCUCUCUCUCUCUCUCUCUCUCUCUCUCUCUCUCAAAAUCGAUUGCACUUUAAUUAUGUGUGUGUGACUUCAACAUUGCCUUAUUCAUUUAUUUUUCUACGUUUUGUAUUGUAACCGAAUUAAAGUGCAGCGCACAUGUUAAAUUUUGAUGUUUGUGUUGUAAAUACUCUAAAUGCCAAAAAUGA